GUGGAUGAAUCACAUCGACAACGUGCAACUGGAUCGUUACUCACUUGUGAUUCUGAUCUGGGCGGUUUCUGUUUUUUUCUUUCUUUUCUUGUCUUCUUUUCUUUUUUUAUCUCCAUGUCUCGGCCUUCCGUUACUCUACUCUAUCAUUCUCCAGAUUCGACUAACCUGCUAGUCCGGAAGAGCGCAAUAAUAAUACUACCAUUUUCGUACAACCGAAAGUGCUUCCUCGUCUCGUUAACUCUCCCCGCCACCACGACCACCACUACAGCCACCACUACAAUCACCAUCAUCACCACCACCACCAGCCCACGGCUGACCCCCUCCUGUACUCAGCUAUGCUGGCUGCAUAGAAUGCCUACCCACUUAUCUACUUACAUACUCAUUUUCAUACUCAAAGACCCGCCGAGAAGUGCACAACCUACCCCCUCUCUGCCGACACCGAAACCCCCAUGUGCAUACAUAUCAGAAACUGACAUGUCGAUGUUGAUGAAGAACUCUCCCGUCACAUACAUACAUAAGUACCCACCUAAGCAUCCACCUAAGCACCCGCCUACGCACCCGCCUACGCACCCGCCUAAGCACCCACCUACAUACAUCAACUUCCAAGUUCUUACUCUACAUGAGGGCUGCUGGCUGCCCUGCACGCACACUACUAGUAUGUAGCGACAGCAUCCGUGGCCCGCCAGUUGUGCACUUGCCGUCCGGAAGAAACCGUCAGCGAAGUAGGAGGAGAAGGAGAUGGAGAAAAAGACGAAAGUUGGGCGAAACGAAAGAGAGACCAUCCCAGAGAAGCAGAGGGAAAAAACGAACAAGAGAGAUGCCUUUCCGGCAGCAUCACCAAUAAUAAUAACUGCCAUGUGGGGGGGCUAGGCGGCCUCUGCCUC